AUGCCGCCGCCGAUACGUGACCCUACCAAGCGGAUGACCGCAAACCCAGCAAGACCCGUUGCAAGGUAUCGUCCAGGAAAACCAGUUGCGGGCCAAGAAUCGUCUGACGAAGAAGAAGAAUCGGAGGAGGAACGACAAGUCCAAGCCCAAGCCCGGCCAAAACCUCAAGCGAGACCUCAACCAAAGCGGCCCACCCAGGCACCCGUACAGCAAGACAGCGAGGACGACGAUGAGGACGGCUUUGUCACGGAACCUGAGGAUGAAGAAGAAAAUCAAGAUACAGCGGCUAGGACGCCACAGCAGUCAGCAAAGCCUACUUCGGCGCAGUCUAGACCAGUGCCUAUAAAGCGGAUUGAGACACAAGGCGAGUCGGAAGAAGACGACGACGAUGAUGAAGAAGAAGAAGAAGAAGAAGAAGAAGAAGAAGACGGAUCUGAAGAUGAAGAAGAAGACUCAUCGGAAGAGGAAGAGAGUUCAUCUGAGGAGGAAGAGCCUCGGAGGAAGUUCCAGCGGCCUACGUUUAUCAAGAAGUCCGAACGGAAACAAACACCCACAGAUGCGUCCUCCAUGCAGAUGACCAACGACGCUGGAGCUGGAGCCGAACUCGACACGCAAUCACGACGACUAGCGCAAGCGGAACAACUGAUCAAAGAUCGAUUAGAGCGCGACGCAUUGGCGCGCGCACAGGGAAGGAAGGCAUGGGACGAUGAUGAUGACGUGCUGCCGGAGUUGAUGGUGGACGACACGGACGGCGUUGACCCGGAAGCGGAAUACGCGGCGUGGAAGUUGCGAGAACUGAAACGAUUGAAGCGCGACCGUGAAGCCCUGGUGGCGCGCGAGCAGGAAAUCGAGGAGAUCGAGCGUCGGCGCAAUUUGACGGCCGAGGAGCGCGAGAAGGAGGACCAGGAGUUUGUAGAGAAGCAGCGCGAAGAGCGCGACGCCGGACGGUCUCAGGCACAGUUCCUGGCGCGGUAUCAUCACAAGGGCGCCUUUUUCCAGGGCGACGAGGCCACCGAGAUCCUCAAGCGCCGCGACGUCAUGGGUGCUCGUUUCGAGGACCAAGUUUCGGACAAGUCGACUCUGCCGGAAUACAUGCGUCUGCGCGACAUGACCAAGCUGGGCAAGAAGGGCCGCACGCGCUACACGGAUCUCAAAGGCCAGGACACGGGCCAGUUUGGCGACGACGUCAAGAGAUGGAAGGGCAGCAACGGUCCGGGCGCGCUAGGGUCAGGAGGCGGCGGAGCCUUUGCAGGUGUCGACGAUAGAUUCCUGCCUGACGAUCAGCGUGGUGGCGGAAGAUCCGCUCCCAGCGGUGCCAAUGCCACCGCGCUGGCUCCCAGGUCCGACAGGACUCGAGAUCGGAAGAGGUCGUAUUCUGCAUCCAGGUCGAGGUCUAGGUCCCGCUCCCGUUCGCCGCGGAGGCGAAGAAGAGAUGACGACCGGUACGGUGACGGUGAUGGUGACCGUGACCGUGUAAGAGACCAGAAGCGACAACGGGCAUGA